UCAAAGCAAAUUCUUGAAAGUAAGAAUUCAACACACAAAGAAUAAAAUAAAAUCAAAGAGGAGAAGAGAAGAGCUGGGAUAGAAUACAGCAAUCAGCAAUGCCAAACUUGGUCCUCCACCGCCCACCACUCACCCCCUUCCUUUCCCACCUCCCAUCAUCAUCAUCAUCAUCAUCAUCAAGCUUUCCAAUUCGGACCCAGAAAUCAACGGCCUCGUUUCCCCCAACAAAUCAUGCGGUUCUGCUCCGUUGGCGGCCCAACACCAUCAGGUGCAUGGCGAACCCGCGCAGAGUGGCAAUGGUGGCUAAGCAGAUAAGGAGGGAGCUGUCUGACAUGCUCUUAACUGAUAAGGUCUUGCAGUACGCUAUUCUUCCUGAGGUUUCUUUGGGUGCUGACCGUUACCUCUCUUCCCUAACCACCAUAAGCGAUGUUGAAGUCUCCACCGACUUGCAGGUGGUUAAAGUCUAUGUUUCUAUUUUUGGCGAUGAAAGAGGGAAGGAGGUUGCCCUUGCUGGGCUAAAAUCAAAAGCCAAAUAUGUCCGAGGUCAAUUAGGAAGGCGUAUGAAGCUGCGGUUAACUCCUGAGAUACGCUUCAUAGAAGAUGAGUCUCUAGAGAGAGGAAGCAGGGUGAUUGCUAUAUUAGAUAAGAUAAAGAAUGAAAAGAAAGAUUCAGAAAUUCAAGAUGACGAACAAUUGGAACCAUCCGAGGCACCUGAGGAUGACGGAGAUUGGGAGGGUGAUGACCCUGAUGAAGACAUUAUAUACAUAAAGUAGUUACUCGCCCCAGUCUCUGAGCAUAAUGCUAUCUUGGAUUGAGGCAUGGCUUUGCUUUUCCACGGGUUUGUUUCAUUUGCUUGACUUUCUUAGUUGCAGUGGGUUAUAUGGAUUAUAAUCAGACAUAAUUUAAAUGAAGCCGAUGACCUGCAAUUUAGUUUGGUAAUGCUUGGUCUAUUUAGGUGCAAGCAUUGCGUGGUUGUUGGGAUCUACUUUAGGAAAGAAUAGUAAUGGUGCAAUGUUGAUCUCUGAACAUGUUUUCAGGGGGUUUGAUCUCUGAACACCUCCCUCCGGAGGAGUUUGUUUGGGGGUUGGGACUGCUUGUAAUGGUGCAAUAUUACACACGUUUCAUUUACUUUAU